GCAAAUCCCUCUGGGUUGUUCCCCGAUAGACCCAAGGUCAGCCCAGAGUGGCUAAGAGCAAAGCAAACAGCCUUAUCUUGGGAGCGUGGGGCCCCAUCUAUAAAAGAGGAAAGUCACUGGAGUUCUUCCUUUCCAAGAUGAAACUCCUUCUGUUGGCUGCCCUCCUCACAGCAGGCGCCGCUGCACACAGCAUCAGCCCUCGGGCUGUGUGGCAGUUCCGCAAUAUGAUCAAGUGCACCAUCCCCGGGAGUGAUCCCCUGUUGGAUUACAACAACUAUGGCUGCUACUGUGGCUUGGGCGGCUCAGGCACCCCAGUGGACGCCUUAGACACGUGCUGCCAGACUCAUGACCACUGUUACACUCAGGCCAAGAAGCUGAAAAGCUGUAAAUUCCUCAUAGACAACCCCUACACCAAUACGUACUCCUACUCGUGCUCCGGGAGCGAGAUCACCUGCAGUGACAAAAACAAGGAAUGUGAGAACUUCAUCUGCAACUGUGACCGUCAGGCCGCCAUCUGCUUCUCCAAGGCCCCGUACAACAAGGAAUACAAAAACCUUGACACUGGGAAAUUCUGUUAGGCCUGUCACCUCACUUCUGCCCACGCCGGCCCUGCCCACCUGCUGUCUUACUUCACCCUGGGCCCUCUAAUAAAGUACCCGCUGUCAGAGCCUG